AUGUGCUUGUUGAGGUGGAUUUUUGGCAUGCAUAGGGAAUUGUGCCAAAAGAAGUCAGAGGCGAAUUCUACAAAAGCAGAAACCACCUCUGCAAGAGGCGAUUUCUGCCAAAGCCUGCUGCAAAGCAGCCUCACUUUAUUUCGGUCACCAAUAAUCGAGAGGAGGGGGUUGUGGGGUGGGGCCAAUUUUGCAUUUAAAUUGGCAGGUUUUGCCGACUCAAUGUCUGUCGAGCUGAAAUUCACCAAUCCAAUGUCCGCCGAGCUGAAUUUCGCCGACUCAAAAUCCUCCGACGAGCAGAAUAACUCAGACGAGCUGGAGAUAUCCGACGAGCAGGAUCUCCCUAAUGAGCUGGAGAUAUCCGACGAGAAGGACCUCGCCCACGAGCUGGAUCUCCCUGACGAGCUGGAGAUAUCCGGCGAGCAGGAUAUCUGCGACGAGCAACAUACCUUCGACGAGCAGGAUCUCGCCGACGAGCACGAGAUAUCUGACGAGCAGGAUCUCUCCGACGAACAGCAUACCUUCGACGAGCAGGAUCUCGCCGAUGAGCAGGAGGUAUCCGACGAGCAGGAUCUCUUUGACGAACAGCAUACCUCCGACGAGCAGGAUCUCCCGGACGAGCUGGAGAUAUCCGACAAGCAGUAUCUCGCCGACGAGCAAGAUCUCGCCGACGAGCGGGAUCUCGCCGACGAGCAGGAGAUAUCCGACGAGCAGGAUCUCUCCGACGAGCAGAAUACCUCUAACGAGCAGAAUAACUUAGACGAGCAAAAGAUAUCCGACGAGCAGCAUACCUCCGACGAGCAGGAUCUCGCCGAUGAGCAGGAGGUAUCAGACGAGCUGAGGAUAUCCGACGAGCAGUAUCUUGCCGACGAGCAGGAUCUCCCUGACGAGCAAGAGAUAUCCGACGAGCAACAUACGUUCGACGAGCAGGAUCUCGCCGACGAGCAAGAGAUAUCCGACGAGCAGGAUCUCUUUGACGAACAGCAUACCUCCGACGAGCAGGAUCUCCCGGACGAGCUAUCUCGCCGACGAGCAGGUGAGCAGGCGAGCUUCGAAAAAUCCGACGAGCAAGAUAUCGCCGACGAGCAAGAGAUUUCCGACAAGCAGGAUCUCUCCGACGAGCGGCAUACCUUCGACGAGCAGGAUCUCGCCGACGAGCAAGAGAUAUCCGACGAGCAGGAUCUCUUUGACGAGCAGCAUACCUCCGACGAGCAGGAUCUCGCCGAUGAGCAGGAGAUAUCAGACGAGCUGAGGAUAUCCGACGAGCAGUAUCUCGCCGACGAGCAGGAUCUCCCUGACGAGCAAGAGAUAUCCGACGAGCAACAUAUGUUCGACGAGCAGGAUCUCGCCGACGAGCAAGAGAUGUCCGACGAGCAGGAUCUCUUUGACGAACAGCAUACCUCCGACGAGCAGGAUCUCCAGGACGAGCUGUAG